UUGGCAUUGUGUGUUCGGGAGUGGAAAAGAGUAGACGCCAUGGACUUUGAUGAGAUAUUGGCCAAAUGUGGGGACAAUCAUCGCGACCAAUACUUGCUGCUAGCACUCUACGGCUACAUAACAUUUGUCACUUCUAGGCAUUAUUACUCGCAGAGUAUGAUCGGCUUUAUUCCCGAUCAUUGGUGUUAUCAUGAGCAUCUGGAGAAUCGUACAUUUGAUGAAAUCAAAGCCAUAUACUCGCAAUUUGAGAAUCCUUCGUGUACACGCCUCGAUGCCAUCGAUCUAGUUAGCGGCAAUGUGACAAUAAGUGAUAAGAAAUGUGAUCGCUGGAUCUAUGACUACGAUUUUGAUUUCGUCAGCAUCAAUGCCGAGUUUAAUUGGGUCUGUGACGCAGCUCUCAAGGGAAGAGUGGGACAGAGUCUCUUCUUUGUGGGUUCCAUGUUUGGGACAUUUUUCUUCGGGUUAUUGGGCGACCGAAUUGGACGCAUUAAAACAUUAAUAUUGGCCAAUUGGUGUGGUUUCUUGGGUGAUUUCGCCACAAUAUUUGCCCAGGAUCUGACUACAUACUCAGCAAGUCGCUUUGUUUCUGGAUUAGCUUCUGAAGCAAAUUUAUAUCUUAUGUUUUUACUGGUUCUCGAAUACAUCUCCCCAUUGCUACGAGAUACGGGCCUCAACACAGUCUUAGGUAUAUUCUACUGUCUGGGAAUGAUAAGUGCAUCUUGGCAGGCAAGGUUUGUGGGUGACUGGCGGAGCUAUAUGAUGUGGACGGCUUUUCCCUCUCUGCUGGUGACAAUUUUGUAUGUCCUGAUCCAGGAGAGUGCCCAAUGGCUAAUUACUCGGAAUGACAUCGAUGGAGCAAUCGUGAGAUUGCAAAGAGUGGCCGAAUUCAAUAGGCGACAAGUCAGUGAAGAGGAUUUUGAUAAUUUUCGAAAACAUUGCUCACUAACUUCGGGGGAUACUGAAUCCAAAGAGGUUGUACAUAAACAGGCAGGCUUAUUCGAUGCACUUAAGACACCUCGUUUACGGAAAACAGCAAUUGAAGUCAUUAUUAUUUAUAUGAUCGUAACACUUUGUUACAACACGAUAGCUCGUAAUGUGGAGGGCGUCGGGAUUUCACCUUUCAUCAUGUUCACGCUGAAUGCUUUAACUCUGCCACCGUCAGGCCUAGUGCAGGCUCAACUUCAAAAACGAUUCGGACGCAAAUUCACCCUUGUGAGUUCCAUGGUAGUCCUUAAAAUAUUCGCAGUUGUCUAUGGAACAGUUCUUAGCAUUUGGAAGCAACCCAAUAUCAUAUUGUUGGUGUGUUUGCUGCUGACCUCUCGGUUUGGUAUUUCCGUGGCCACCGGAGCCACCAUGCAAUUCUCCACCGAACUGAUACCUACCUGUGUCAGAUCACAAGUAUUGGCCGUAGCUACCAUUGCUGGAGCAGCAGCCUCCUUCCUUUCGCCGUACAUACAAUAUUUGGAUACUUACAUUCAGGCUGGACCGGCAAUUAUACUUUUCGUGCUCUUCAUUGUCUGCACAUGGCUCGGUUUGCGUUUACCUGAGACGUCGAACAAAAAGCUACCCAUAUCCCUGGCUGAUGGGGAGCAGUUUGGCGCAGGAGAGAAAAUGUUUGACUUCUUGAGGAGGAGGAGGAGCAAAAAGGCUGACAAAGUCGAUGAAAAUGUCGAAACACAAGAGAAAUUAAUGCCCGAAUAAUAACAAAAGCAAUUUCAAAAAGUGUGCCCAAUACCCUCUAUAACAUAAGAUUCUGAUUGUGGUUCAGAUUUGAU